GUCUGCCUUGAUGAGGCUCAAAUGGUGGAGAGGAUCACCUCCAAAACUGCAAAAAUGCUUAACCAAAUUCAUAGUGUCAACAGAUGGUGCAUAACCGGCACGCCAGCUGAGAAGAGCAUAGAAGCUUACUAUGGUUUUCCAUUCUGUCCUCUGUUCCCUUACUGUUCCAUGCCGACAGAUUUCUUCGGCUUAUUUGCUUUCCUUAAAUUCCCUCCUUUUUCUAUUCAACUCUACUGGAGAACUCUUCUUUACCAGCCUUUCCUAGCCGCCGUUUCAUCUCUCACAAACCAGGAAUCCAGCAAACAAAAACAGCUAUUUAACGACCAUAAGGAUUGUAAUCUGCAGAAUGAGCUAUCUUCGAAUUCCACUAAAAGACUGGAUAACGAGCUUAUUCUAUUUGGCGAUUUUAUAAAGCCUACCGGUUCCGAAAACUCAGUUCUAAGGCAGGGUGUACCGAAGAACGACAAUCACAGUGGUGAUGAAAUAAAUUCCAUCGAUGAAGACGAGGACAACUCUUCUCCCUCAUUAGGACAACCGAUCGAUUCAAGUCAAGAAGAUAGAAAGUUAACCAGGAGAAUUGGUCGAACUGCUCUGGCGCGUGUGUUGCGUGAACUGCUUUGGCGCAACACCAAGCAGUUGGUUGGCGACCAGUUGGCUUUGCCAUCAUUGACUGAGCGUGUGCAUUGGUCAGCUAUUCUCUAA